AUGGAAGAAACAUGGAAUCCCAGACCCUUUACUUUCGUUAUUGGCGUUACUCACUCGGGAUUUGAUAUGCUUGAUGAGAUGGAAACUGGUUGGGGAGUACUGAAAGAAGAUGAUGGGAGCACUGUCUGGCUGGGACAAAAGGCCCGCUAUGCGAUAUGGCCGACAACGGGCACAUUGAAGUCAUCAGAUUGCUAA